CAAACCUUUCACAGCACCUUUAAACUUUCCUCGUUGCCCCCAAAACAGUUUGGCGUACGAAGCGCUCAUCACAACGAGGAAUUCUUCUAUUGCAGCGAUGUGGUUCAAAUUUCGGCAUUCCUUUGUUUUAAUCGUCGUGUUAGAACUUGGGUAUUCAACGGCAUCCAGCGAUGGAACCAAGAAAGACCUGCGCACUGACGCAGAGGAGAUUCUCAAGGUGUUGUUGGAGAAGAUGAUACCGAUGGCGUCGGAACUUGCUGCCAGUCCACAGUUGAGCACGUCAUGCUCGGCGAGUUUGCUCAAGACGUUUGUGGGGAUACACCAGAAAGAACCCUGGGCCAUACGCAUGGUCCUGGCCAACGGUUUGAUGCCAGCCAACAUGUUGGAAGGCAGCCCCACCAGCAUCGGAGGAUACGAACAGUGUCUCAAGAUGCGUCAUUACGGGCACGAGAAAGAGCUCAUCUUCAAGGGACAAUAUUGCACGCUAUUCUUACACCCGCCGAAGGAAAUGUUUGAAGAAGCUGUUGUGCUCUUCUUCAGUCAAGGAGGAUCUGGCAGGCGCAAUAUAGUGAACCGUACCUUGGACAAGAGGUUCCAUCGUGAUGACCUGCGACUUGGACUCUGCGCACCUUCUGCAUGCUCUGUCGAGGAACUCAACUUUAUCGCAGCAUCUGUAUUUGGCCCUUACGACGCCAGAUCCCAAGUUCUCGGUUGCAGAACAGACGAUCCCAAACCAGUGUCAGCCCUUCAGAUCGUUUCCAUAUCCGUCCUAGGUCUCCUGGUUGUCCUCGUGAUAGUAGCUACACUUGUCGAGUGGCUCUUCCUUCAGAUGUCUAAGAAAACGGACGGACCAGUCAAAACUAGAAAGUGCACGGAGAUUCUGCUGUUCUUCUCGACAAUCACCAACACACGUUGUUUGCUGAAAACAGAGUGCAGAGCGGGAGCAGAGUCUCUUCAGUUCGUAGGAGGCGUCAAAGUCUUCCUCAGUUUCUGGGUAGUGGCUGCACACACGUAUAUCGUCGUCCAGCCAGAGUUCGUGCGGAACUUGGUGGCUUUCGACGCAACCAUCGACCAACUUCACUUUCAGUUGAUCCUCAACGCAUUCCUCAGUGUUACGACAUUUUUGUUUCUCAGCGGGUUUCUUAAAGCGUACCUGUCCUCUGGCAUAAAUUACAAAAAACGGAAUUUCUUCGUCCUCUGGGGAUCAGAAACACUGCGCAGAUAUUUCAGGUUGACGUGGCCUGUGGUGGUGAUUGUACUGGUGGCGUUCCUGAUGCCCCUUGCCGUGGACGGACCUGCUGACCGAGAAUUAUUCUUGAAGCAGAUCCAGGCGUGCGCCGACGGCUGGUGGACGGUGCUCACCUACAUCAACAACUUUAAUGCAGUCGACAAAGUGUGCCUGCAGCACCUGUGGUAUGUGAGCAACGACCUACAGAUUUUUGCCACAAUCGCCCUUCCACUGACCCUGCUGUUUGUGAGGUACCGAAGGACAGCCUUCGUCGUAUCGGCCGCACUGGUUGUGGCCUUCGCGGUGCUUACCUCUGUUCAGACUUAUCAGUGGAAGCUCUUCUUCAUGUUAACCAGUGGGACCAACGAUAUGAGGAAAGUAGUUCUUACCCUGGAGCACAUCUAUUUCAAGCCAUUCGCCCACGUCAGCGGCUACGUUCUGGGAGUCGUAUGUGGCUACGUCGCUGUUCGGUACAGGGCACUGCCGGUGCACCCGGUGGUCCAAGGAGCCCUGUGGUUUCUUUCGGCAGGAGCCAUUGCUUUCGUCGUGUACAUUACAUACCCGUGGAACCUGGGCAACCUCCCCAGUGAAACUGUCAACGCCCUCUAUGGAGGAUUUCAUCGCGUCCUGUGGUCUCUAGGGCUGUGUUGGCCGGCGUACGCGUGUGCGACUGGACGCGGUGGUUAUUUGAACGCAUUCCUCUCCUGGAAAGCUUUCACGCCAUUGUCACGGCUGACAUACGGGGUCUAUCUCAUCCAUUUCUUACUCCUCAUUUUCCGAAUGGGACACCUCAAACAGCCCGUCGACAUGGGAGAGUAUUUUCAACUCAUCACAGCUCUGGGCGUGUACACGUUGAGCUUUGCUCUUGCAUAGCUGUUGUACAUCUGCUGCGAAGCUCCAGCGACGCGCUUCGAGAAACUCCUCUUCGAGCAUGCGAAGGUCGUCAAAAAAGUCACGAUUAAGAGGCACCGGAGCAAGAGCGGAAGACUAACAACACGAAUGGUACAGCAGCGACAUGUCAACAGUGAAAACGAACUUGCCAUUUGCGGCUGUUAUUUAAGUACGGGCCGAAGGUUCGGUCCUAUACCUCUUUGCAUGCACCACCUGCUGCCUUGCAGGUAUUUAAGGGGCUGUGAUCUUUACACAGAGUUCCAUUGUAAAUCGAAGGUAGAGAGGCUAGUGGCGGUACACUUUCCAAGUUCUGAAGCCGCCCUGAAUUUGUUUAAUAAA